AUGUUCUAUGCUCACUUCGUACUUAGUAAGAAAGGCCCAUUCUCUCGUAUAUGGCUGGCAGCUCAUUGGGACAAGAAACUCACAAGGGCUCAUGUCUUUGAAACUAACAUCAAUUCCAGUGUAGAAGCUAUUUUAGAGCCCAAGUUAAAAAUGGCUCUCAGAACAUCUGGCCAUCUUCUCUUGGGCGUUGUUAGGAUUUAUUCACGGAAGGCGAAAUAUCUUUUGGCGGACUGCAAUGAAAUCUAUGUAAAGAUCAAAACCUCGUUCCGCCCGGGUGUCGUUGAUCAACCAGAUGAUUCGAACCGUGAAGCUGCCUUAGCUGCGAUUAAUUUGCCUGAAAACAUUCAGGAUUAUGAAGCCACAAUGGCUGCCCUAAAUGCCAUUAAUCUCAACACAAUGAACAUUAAUCAAAGUCGUCCAGAAGACAUUACGAUGCGCGAGGAUUUUGGGGAUGUGAAUUUGGGUCGUAUUGAUGAUGACUUCGGAGAAGGCGCCUUUGAGGAACUACCCAGUCGGGAAAUGUUGCGAGGAAGUGAUGGUGCCUAUGACAGUGUCUAUGGACGAGGUACAGACGCCUCAGGUCGCUUUUCUGUUCGCGAAUCCGACAGACCUUCGAUUCGAACCGAUAUAGAUGCUGAUGAUACAUUGAUUGGUGCUAAAGACAAGUCCGAUAAGGUUGUCACCGGCCUCACUCCGGCAGCUGAUAUUGGUUUGGAUGACGACGACUUUGUUGAACCCCUCUAUGCUGGGGAUUCAGACGGUAGUUUCGGUGGGGAUAUAGAGCCGUCAAUUUUCAACAAUCCUGCUCUGUUUGAGGACGCCACAACUACCAAUCAGCUAGCCACUUUGGCUGAAGGACUAACGCUGUCCGCUGAGCCGGAUGCAGCGGCUGCUGAUGGAGGGAUAAAGGAAGGCGGACCCUCUUUAAUGGGCGUCGAAGUUAUGGCUACUCUCGGCUCAAAGACCAACGGUGCUGCGCCACAGGUUUCCGACCAGCCGCAGCUUCAGUCCCAGCCUCCCUCUAGUAUGGCCCGCAACGUUUCUAACGACUCCGAGGCUUUCGCUCUCAUGCCCAUCGACGUGCCUACUGCCGUUACGGAACCUCGUCGUGCUGCCAAACGGAAGCGACGUUUAAUCAUUGAUGAGUUGAAAUCAAUUCCAAGUGACCUCAUGAAGACUCAGAUGCAGGACACUUCGGAGAUUGUCACUCAGUUGGACCUAGCCCCACCCACGAAACGUCUUAUGCGAAUGAAAGAGACGGGUGGGUUGGACAAGCUCUUCACCCUCCCCGGACGCUCGCUUCCCUCGCGGAUUCUUCAGCGCUUGUUCUCUCGUAACCUCCGCACCCAACCCGUCACCGAUCCCAUUGGACAGGACGCUACUGCCUCCCUACUGGCCCCUGACGAAAGCCGUCCUCAUAUUUUCUUCCGCUCUAACGCUUCGGGUCCCGCAACAUCGGCCAUCGAAGACCAGCUGCUCUCAGCAGCAGCUACUCCAAGGGAUCUUCUGUCAAGUUCUGGCUUCCAUGCGGGAGCACAUCAGCAAGAAGGUGCCCUUGGUCUGGGUACCAUAUCCGAGGAGACCAUCUCCGCAAACAAUCAGUCCGGUUUUCCCGGUUACCCUCCCACUUCGUCAGAUCAUAAUCCACACCGUCAAGGUGAUAAGGUCACUGUUGGUCUCCACAACGAACAUCAUCACGAUCCUUUAGUUGAAUCUGUGGCUAGCCUUAAUUUCCCUUAUCUAGCCGACAACACCCUCACCAAUCUUCAUGAUCCUUUUCUGGCGGCUACUGCUCGUCCAACCGACAUCCCUGAGCACCACCACGUGCAUCCAGGCGCAAGUGAUGACGACGUGGAAGACGAUGACAAUGAUUUCCCACUUGAUGCUCAUUAUCUUGGACCCCCUUCGGUGCUCUCUGAGGCCUCACAGUCUCCGUUCCUACCCUUUUACAUCUCCCAACUUCAGGGUAUCCUGUUAGAACAUGAUUUAGAUGGAACAGGAGACCGCGGGGGUCGUGGGUCACGCGGGGGCCACGGAUUAAAUCUGGUAAGUGAGUUCGGUGGAUCAAGGGAUGACGAAGACACGGUGCCAGCUGUGCCCUCCGAUUUGGGCCGUGACGUGAUAGAAGGCGAGGAGAUUGAAGAGGAGCGACGCUUGGAGAAGCGUUCUAAGGACAUGCUUCGCCGAUUGCGAGCACACGUUGCGCAGCACGGCUGGGGUGAAAACGGCAUCUCGUUGCAGGCAAUGUGUGAGGGAAACAGCAAGAAACAGGCGGCCUCCAAGUUUUACACAAUGCUUCUCCUUCGGAAGCAAGGCUCCGUACGGUUGUUCCAGGAUGCACCUUACUCGGACAUUCGGGUGUGUCGAGGUCCUGCAUUUGUCGGACCCCCGGAGGCGUGA